UUCUCUCGCUCCCAAGCAGAUCACACUGCCAGCAUGGCACAAGUCAUGGCCUUGCGCCAGAUAGUAGCGACCAAGACGCAACUGACCCAACAACAGAGCACUGAGACUGUUCAAGUUAUGCUCUACACCACGACGAGCAUGCUUUGCCGCAGGAGAGGAAUAUUUCCUUCGUUGGCCUUUGACGCGGUUGAACUUGCAGAAGACGACGAGUUCUACACUUGCGAGGGCUUGAUGAACAAUAAACACCCUUGCCGAGCUCAGCCCGCCUCGCCGUCGAGCACCUCUACAAGACAUUCCGAGCCUGCCACGUUGAAGAUUCCUUUACUUAAAAGAGGAAGAAGUGUUCGCGCAGAUCAAUUCCUCGAUUCUCUUGAAAUCGUCUUCGAGGCAUUGCAACGAGGGACUUUACACGCCUUUCGCAUCCCAUUCUUGGGCGACCCAGAGAUCAGUACGGAUCCCCUCGAACUAUGGUCUUUUCGUAUUAUCUACAAAAAGUCUGCGAAUGGCAAACGUGAAGUUCAAGGUCUUGAGACAAACCUCGGGAAUCAAGACGUCUUCAAUCCGAGUCUUGACAUCGAUGGCUAUGUAAUGGAUCUACUGGGAAGGGUAUCUGACCAAUGCGAAGAGCUCACGCAGUUGCCAGAUGACUGCUAUAUUCAACCUAGUAUCAUGUACACGAAUGACGGAUGGAAGCCAAGUGGCUAUGUAGAGACACGGUCUCAGCCAUCAGUCGAAGGAUUCGCGGGCUGGCGUCCGCAGGUCGAAGAUAUAGGACUUCGCGGUGGAGUGCAUCAUGAUCUUGCUCUCCGGGUCGCAUCUCUCAAACACCAGGACUCCAAUACAAGGCGACUUGCACAAGACCUUCGUAUGCGUCGAACCACUGCUGGUCAAGAAGAGCAGGCGUCGACCAAAUUGGUGGUAACCACCGUUGACACUUCCACAAUUCGAGAAAGAACAUUCUCUCCUGGUCAAGGCAGGAGAAGCUCGGCUAUUUCAGCUAUACCCGAAACUCCUCAACACGUUGUUCGGUACGAAGAAGACAUAAUUCGGCAGGCCGUACCAAGCGCGCCGUUACAAGCUACAGGCAGACUUCCACAGGACGCAGCCGCACUCCUAGGAGCACCUGGAGACCAAGAUCCGGACACGGCAGCCUUCGCUCGAGGCGGACAACCGCAUUCGAGAGACCCUAGUGUGUCUCAGGCUGAUGAUGACGUGCGAAGACGGAGCUCAUUGGACAACAUGGUAAGUCUGUGGCUAUCAAUUGCACAUUCCAGGACUAACAUGGUCUUCAGAUGCACUCCAACUCGAAUGGGCAUGACGACUUUGCGACUCAGAUCAGACUAAAAGCUAGCCAGAUGGCGAACGACAGAGACGAACCAAGUGCCGAGCUGGUCGAGCAUAUGCGCAUCUACGACUUUCUCACUCGCGAGAAAGCGCUCCAACUCUGGGGGAAGCGUUCCGAGAAGUCAAUCGCGCCAACUGACCAGUCUAUCACAAGAUGUCGAUGCCAGCUUAGUG